CGGGCGCGACGUAAUUGUCCGAAAAUCAAUAUCGUACUCGGGGCUCCCGGAGCUCGGUGUCCGUCACUGGGCGUAGAAGACAUGCCCUGUGACGGUCGAUCCGGUAAUUGUAAAAAUUAGAACGAAGAGCAUAGGACGCGCGAAAGAGAGGUAGAGAGAAGGAGAGAGAGAAAGAGAGAGGAGGGGCGCGUGUUCCGUGCCAAUUGUUAAACAUCGAAGUGGCUCUUGUCACGCGACUUAAUGAUACUAACGCGAUCGAAAUGAAUGUCCGGCGGAGAGCGGCAGGAUGAGGCUUUCGCGGACGGGGGUGCCCUUCGUGAUAAACGACGCUUCGCGUCCUAUAUGACGUCACCCGGCGGGAUCAACCGGCGGCUAAAUUCGUCGUAAAUGUUGAUCAUCACGGCUGAUUGGAGGAGCGAUAAAACUACGAAAUUCGUAUUAAGCAACGAGAGGGGACGAGUUAACACAGUAUAUAAUUAUGAUAAUGAACCGGCCAAUGGCGAAUGAUGCGGUGAUCAAAGUAUCGUUCUUGCUGAUCGUCUUCCCGUUAAUUCUCUCCAACACGACCGACCGGUCUCUCCUCUGCCCUAAAAACGACACGUUACUGGAGACCGCGGGUGACGCUAUUUUCAAUGUUUUCGCGGACGCCAAUCGAGGACGAUAUUGCAACGUAUCGUCAGCCAAGGGUCUCCAACAGAUUUCAACGGCGCUGUACGUGGUGCGGACAUUGAACGAGCAUAACUACGUACCGGGACGGCGAUUGGGAUUAAGAGUGUUCGACACGUGUCACGACGGGAUCGAGGUGUUCAAGCGAGUCCUGCGAGCGACGGUCGAGGGAGGUUGCGCGCCGCACCACGAGACGGGUAUCUUGGUGCCCUCCUCGUACGGCUCCGCCUUGGUUCCUCUGCGUGAUUAUGGUGGCCCGCCGAUCGUCACCUACGCAGAACAGAACUUCACGUUACCUGUGAUCGAUAUCCUGACGCACUACCUGAGCACCAGGUACGUGAACGUCGACCUCGCGCUCGCCAACACAGUCGGCGUCCUCGAGCGUUUCCUGAGGAGCAGCGAGGACGCCGGUGUGUGCGUGAGGCACGUCGACGACGAAGACGACGCGAACGUCACGGAAGCGGUGAUAGUCGCGAUCGGCGAGGCGAGUGACAUACGACGGUGGCUGGGACGAAGGGAGGGACCGAAGGGUCCCGGGACGAAGACGUGGUUCCUGCUGCCGCUCGAUAACUCGGGCAUCGACGAUGUCACGCCAGCCGGCUCGUACAUCAUCAAGCCGGAAACUCUCGGGUUCGAUCGCGAAUACCCAACCGUGGACGAGUAUCUGCGGGACUCCGGGAUCUCCGCAGAGCGGUCUCCGUAUUUGCUCGGCAUCGGCAAGGCCGUCGUCGGGUUGGCGGAAGUCUUCCAGGACAUCCGGGGGAGAAACUGCCCCAGCAACGACGAGGACGACGGUGGCGGCGACGGAAACUGCACCGAGUCGCAAUUUCGUCCAGAAUCACGGCCGGAAAUUCGCGAUUCCGACGUGUACGAGGCGCUGCGCAUGCAACCGAGUUCGCACUCGGUGAGAUACGCGGUCGCCAUGAAGACGCAGCACGACCUCGUCGAGAUCGCGUUCUACGGGAUCGCAGGGUCCGAGUGGCGCGCCCUCCCGGAAAAAGCCAUGUCCGGGAUGCCGGCCCUUUGCCUGCGGGAUCUCGCCGGGAACUGCGAGGAUUGCGCGAAUUUUCAGAAUCGCCCCCGUGAAACGGAUACAGUCGGCAAGAGCAUCCUGAAGAGCAACGUCUACGUUCCUAUUUGCCUGAUCGCCGUGGUAUGCGGCACGCUCGCGUGCUGCGUCAUCGUCGUGUUCAUCGUCUAUCGUUUCGCGAGCGAGCGGAUGCUCGACGGCAAUCCGACCCUCACGAUCGCCCUCAUCUUGGCCAACGUGUUUACCCUGCUAACAGCGCUGCCCUUCUGCAUGGCGGACGAUUAUUUCGGCGCGGAGAGCCUGAACGCCCGGAGAAUCCUCCUGGCCACCCUCGCGUUCGGCCUCACGUUCUCGAUCAUGCUCUCGAGGGCCCUCUUCCUGGCUUUACCCACCGGCGGUGUUUUCGUCAGCCACGUCAACGGAUACCUACAGACCGCCAUGGUGUUCUUCAUGUCCGCCGUGCAGCUCGCUAUAUCGAUCAUGUAUUUCGUCCUCAACACGACGGACUCGGCCGCGGUCGCCAGGAGCCUCGUCUUCAUCGCGUUAUUAGGCUACGACAUAUUUCUGUUGAUCGCGCUCUUCGUCACAUGCUGCUUCAUCACCGAGAUAAAACGGAACUAUCGCGAGGGGAAGUGCUUCUUCGGCACCGCCGUCGGUCUGCUGGUGGUAUGGACGGUAUGGCUGAUUUCCUUCGUACUGAUACAGCCAGAAAAUCGCGACGCAAUCGUCUCCUUCGGCGCUGUCAGCACGGCUUACUCGAUUAUCCUCGGUAUCCUCGUACCGAGAAUUUAUUACAUGACGAUGCACCCGGUUGGCAGAAAGAAAAACCUCGAACGAAAAUUGGAUCUGCCGACUGAUUCGACUAUCAGCACCGUCACCAGGCAGUCACGACCUUCCUACGAUUACGCUCACCCGGCUCCGGAGAGUCAAAUUCUACGUGCACCACCCACGUGCCCGAAUUAUUACGGCGACGCCACUCCGAGCUCCAAGUGCCCCGAUCGAUGCCGAAGUACGAUUCAACAUGAAACGCCUGGAUACAGUAAUUACGGAUUUCACGCGGAAAUGACGGAGAUCGAGAUUGUUCACGCCGCGCCGCAAACGCGCGUCGAGAACGCGGAGGUCUGGAGAGAUCCUCAAGUAGCACCGAAUAACGUCAUUUACGCGCAGCCGAAGAUCCGUAAGGCGCGGAAGAAGGUUCUGGAGGAGGGGAGGGUAACAGAAAUCGCCUGCGACAGGGACGACUUUCCGUCUAUUCCUAAACUGCGAGACGAACCGUAUCCUGUGAGACACGCGAAUCCUACGGUUGUAGGAUGGCAAGACAAGAUCGAUGAAGAGAACGAGGACGAGGACACAGAUGAGGACGACGAGGACGAUCAAGAAGACGACGGCGUCAGCAGAGUUACUCGCCUUUGAUAAAGAUACUUGAUUUUACCAUACGAUUCAAUCAUUCACGUCACGUAUGUAAGCUCGUGAAUUAUCCGUGAAACAGAUUUUCCCAAAUAUAUAUAUUCCGUUCCAAAUUUCGCGCGAAGCACUCCGAGGAAGCACGCCGGAAAUCAGAAAAAU